GCCCCGCCGCUCCGUCCGCUCGGCACGGCCCCGCACGGCCCCGCACCGGCCCCGACCAUGGCGAGUCGCCGCCGGGCCCCGCGCCGGAGCGGCGGGGGGUGCUGACCCGGCCCCGCCCCGGCCCCGGCGGACCCUCCGCGCCGCCCCCCGUGUCCCGUGCUAUGAGCGUUCGGCGUGACUUCUCCGCAAGCAGCUGCAAAUGAAAAUGGAGGAUAUGUCUUUGUCUGGCCUGGAUAACAGCAAACUGGAGGCCAUCGCACACGAGAUCUACACGGAGCUGGUGGAGGAUGCCUGCCUGGGGCUCUGCUUCGAGGUGCACCGGGCUGUCAAGUGUGGGUACUUCUUCCUGGAUGACACGGACCCCGACAGUAUGAAGGACUUUGAGAUCGUGGACCAGCCGGGCGUGGACAUCUUCGGGCAGGUGUACAACCAGUGGAAGAACAAGGAGUGCGUGUGCCCCAACUGCAGCCGCAGCAUCGCCGCCUCGCGCUUCGCCCCUCACCUGGAGAAGUGCCUGGGCAUGGGCCGCAACAGCAGCCGCAUCGCCAACCGCAGGAUUGCGAGCAGCAACAACCUGAACAAGUCAGAGAGUGACCAGGAGGACAAUGAUGAUAUCAAUGACAAUGACUGGUCCUAUGGCUCUGAGAAGAAAGCAAAGAAGAGGAAAUCGGAUAAGAACCCCAACUCGCCCCGCAGGUCCAAGUCCCUGAAACACAAAAAUGGUGAGAUCGGCGGGAACCCCGAUCCCUUCAAGUACAGCAACUCAGCUGGCAUCAACUACGAGACGCUGGGCCCCGAGGAGCUGCGGACACUGCUCACCACGCAAUGCGGGGUCAUCUCUGAACACACCAAGAAGAUGUGCACCAGGUCCCUGCGGUGUCCCCAGCACACGGAUGAGCAGCGCAGGGCAGUCCGGGUUUACCUCCUCGGGCCCUCCGCGUCCCUGCCCGAGGCCGAGGGCAGCGUGGAGAACGACAGCUUCGAGGUGGCCGAGAGCCAGGCCCUCAUGAGCCGCCUGCAGUGGGACGGCUCCUCCGACAUCUCCCCCUCCGACUCGGCCUCCUCCAAAGCCAGUACAAACAACUCCGAGUCCCGCAAGACCAAGAAGAAGAAGCCCCACCUGGGGCUGGUGAGUGGCACCCCAGGGCUCGGCUCCAGCAAGAAGAAGAAGCCCAAGCCCCCCGCCCCCCACACCCCCAGCAUCUAUGAUGACAUCAACAACUGAGCCCCGCCGAGCUGGGGAGGGGCAGGACGGACAGAGGGACGGACAGGGGCCAGGACAGCCCCCAGGCACCCCCCGGGCCAGACACAACGUGGGUACGGGGGCACAGAGGACUCAGCUGUCACUGGAGUGGGGCUGGAUUUGGGGAGCCCCCGUUAGUGCCCCCCUUCCUCCCCCCCUGCCCCGGUGCCUCUAUUUAUUUUGUGACAGUUUUUGUACUUGGGGCUCCCGUUGGGGUGUCACCCUCAGACAUGGGGGUACAGGCCCCCCUUUCCUCCCAGCACCCCCCAAAGCCAGCUGUGCCCCCCACACCUGCUCCUCACUUACCCCAGUGGGGUGGGGGGCACCUGGACACCCUGGGCAGGUCUGAGCCUGGGUCAGGGGGUUGUGAAUCCCCUCCUGCCCUGGGGUUUUGGGGUGAGCCCCCACUCUGGGGCAGCCCCCCUCCCUGCCCUGGGCUGGCACUCGCCGGUCGGGCUGGCUCAGGAGAGGGGGGUCACACUGGAGGGGUCUCUGCUACUCAGAGGACAAGGGAGCACCUCUCACCCCCAAAUCUGUUCAGCUCUGCCUGCAUUCAGCUGCUGGGGGUCUCGAGAGCCUGGCACUGCCCACACAAGGGGUCACAGGGGGCUGCAUGCUGCAUCCUUCAUCUUUGGGGCUGUUUGGGGGUGGGUCUGGGGGUGGGGGGAGCUGCUCUGACCAUCCCUGUGCCAAACUAUUUGGGGAGGGGGGACCCCAACCUGCCAGGGACGUCUGGGAUGGAGCUGGGAAUGGAGCAGAACUGGGGGGGGGGGGGGGAUGCCCAGCCCAGCUUCAGUGCAGAGCCCUCCACUCCUGGUGUCCCCAGGGCAGCUCUGCGUGCCCUCUGCACAUGCCUGGGGACCUGCUGCUGCCGUCGGGGGGCCAGUGGGGACCCCCACAGGCUCUGCUUUUGUUUAGGGGGGCCGGGACCAGCACCCCGCUGUGCGGGCCGGGGGGGGACAGGUCCCUCUGGCUGGAUCCAGGUCACCCCCUGCCCUGGGAUCCCCUCCCCUUCCCACAGCUGUUCUCCAUCGCAGGGGCUGUGCUGGGGACAGGGUGGGCUCCAUCCCCUCUGCUGUCCCCCCCAUGGCUGUCUGCCCCCCCAUCUGGCCAUGUGUCCCCGGGCUGGAGCUGUGUCUGUCCCCCCAGCCCGGUGCCGUGGCUCGUCCUCUCGCUGGGACUCACACAUUAUGGUGCUCUGACUCUGGAUUCACUAUUGUUUUCAAACUGCUGCUAAAGGCUGGGCUGGGGGGGUCCUGCAGAGCCCUGGGCACCUCAAAACGCUGCAGCCCCCCCCCCCCCUGCAUGGGGACCCCCGUGUGCUCCCUCCUGGCUUUGGGGCUGGGCAGGUCUGGCCACCGGAGCAUGCCAAGCUGGCCUUCGCGUGCCCCGGGGCCCGAGGACGGGGCUGUGGGCACCCAAAAACACGAGGGACCACCCCAAACUGCCUGGGGGGGGCACGGCCAGCUGGGGCUGUGGGGGGGAAGCAGCCUGAGCCCCUUCAGCUGCGGGAAAGGCGCUGCAAUUUGGGGUCCAAGGGGUGCAGUGGGGCUUGGGGGGGCUCAGAGUGUGCCCUGUGACCCCCCAGGUCAGUGUCCUCACCCCCCCGCGGUGUUUCUGCGUGUCCCUCCCGCAGGGGAUCUGAGCCCUUGUGAGGUCUGUGUGUCCCGUGAGUGGGUUGUGGCUGCCCCUGUAAAUAAAACUGCAUCUUGACUUGGUA